AUGAGAAGCGUUGAAGGGCCGUCAGGUGAAGGCGGAACAAGGGAACGUCCGAUUAUAAUUGAAGAAUCUCCACUGAAGAAAGCUGCAUCAAACGACGGAAGGCAUGCGCUUCCUCCCAUACUACGAUGUAAGAAGAAACUGAUUGUCCACAAGUCAACAAAUUACGGUGUAAGCAAUCCUAUUCCUGUUUCACCGCCAUUGAAACCAUUAAAAGUGGAGAUGCGAGAUUCCAAUUCGUCCAGCAGCUCAUCCGAUGAGGAGGGUACAGAAUCUAGUGAAGAAGAUUUGUCUAUUCUUCCCGAAUUCCAUCAUGAUGACGAACGAAUUCCG